AGAGAAGGUCGAUGGGGGUGGUUGCUGGGAUUUUCAGUACGCGCGCGAUCUCCGUGCCGAAAACACGUUUCUCUCGAAUGUUCGUACAACCUUUAAAGUUCGUGCGAUCUAUGGCAAGAGCUCACUGUAUAAAAUUACCAUUAAUAAAAUUAUAAAGAAUAUCACUACCGAUGAUUAUCUUUAAUAUAUUAUUAUUGUUAUAAAAGUGCAAAAAUUUAAAUUAAAGCAAUCAUAAUUUUAAUAAUUACGUUUUUUUAAGCGCAAGAUAAAAAGGCAAAUAAAAAUAAUAGUCCGGCAAUAAAUAUUUAUGUUAAUUUUCACUGGUAUUACUCGACAAAUGUAUGCUCGAUCGGAAUGUAGUACAAACGACGAAUUGUGAUUUCGAAUGCUCAUCAGACGACAAUUAGCCUCAUAUCUACACACUAGUGAAUUAAUCAUGCUGACAGUUUCCGUUGAAACACUGCUAUUAAUUCAGUUAUUCAGAAGUACACGAUAUGCUAUGGUGAUGUAACGUAAACUAAUAAAUAGAUAAAUUUAUUGGUGAUAAUUAAAGAUAAAAGCUUGAUAAGUUAAAGGUAAAACAACAAUCGUCAAAUAAUACUUUAUAAUAUUAGAAAUGAUAUAUGGGUUACAAAUAAGAAUAAUAUUUUGCUAUAAAUAAAAAUAAUAAUUGUUGAGGAUAAAUAGAAUGCACACAUAAAAUUGAUGAUAAACAGUGAAUAGAAAGUGCAUCAAGGAUCUAACAAUAUUUUAAUUAAUUUUCCAUGUGCACGGGCAAAUUAAUUUUUGGUCUAUGUGUAACGUGUAUUAUUUUUGAUAAAAGUUAAACAAUAAUUAAAUUAAAAAUGAAAUAUUUAUUGCGCGAAAAAUAAUUUUUUAUAGAUCACUCAAAAUCAUAUUAGACACAGUUGGUUCUCACGUUUAGAUGUGCACUUCUCUUUCUAUGCUGAUUCUCGCAUUGAAGGUGUCGGCGCUCCGGAUAUUACAUAUUACGUGCUUAUGAUGCGAAAUGUACGAUAUUAUAUGAGACUAUAUUUUAUGGGUGACACACGGCGCGUUUGACGUUGGCUUUCGAGCACUUUGCUAUAUCGCGAACAUUUUAAUUAAUGAAGUCUUGUAAGGAAGCGUACGAACAAUUAACGCGACUCACACGUGUGCCGACGUUUAUGCAAUAAUUCACAUAAUAUUCACGCGUCAUUCAUUACGACAACAAAUAUUGUAUGAUACUUACUGAAUCGAUUAUUUGAAUUUAACCGCAUGAAGCUAUUUACAUAACGUCAAUAACGUAAUUAAUUAAUCUCAAAUUGACUAUGUUAUCAUACGUGAAAUAAACUGUCACAUCGAUACGUGUAAAUCUGACUCUCUGUCAUCUGGAUAUGGACUUCUCUUAGAACUCAUCAUGUCUCACAAUAUACGCAUCGCAAAACAGAAAUUAUCAUCUAUGGAUCGAGGGUAAGCGUCAUGGAGAAUCAAACGGCUGAUGAUUAUGAGGACAUUUACCAAUGGAACCACACGGUCUCGGCGGACGAAGGAGAUACGGAGACAGGAUAUUACUUACCCAAUUGGACCGAUCUUAUUCUAGCAGGAUUAUUUACAAUGCUAAUUAUUGUUACCAUAGUCGGCAAUACUUUAGUGAUCGCGGCUGUAAUUACCACGAGGAGAUUACGGUCUGUGACUAAUUGUUUCGUGUCUAGCUUGGCUGCUGCAGAUUUACUGGUCGGUCUAGCGGUGAUGCCACCGGCUGUACUGUUACAGCUUACAGGAGGAACUUGGGAGUUGGGCGAAAUACUGUGCGAUUUCUGGGUCUCCCUCGACAUUCUGCUUUGCACGGCCAGCAUUCUCUCGUUAUGCGCCAUAUCUAUAGACAGGUAUCUGGCCGUAACUCAGCCGCUGAUCUACAGCCGUAGACGCAGAAGCAAACGACUGGCUGGGUUGAUGAUCGUCGCGGUAUGGGUGAUGGCCGGCGCAAUAACGAGCCCGCCUCUACUGGGCUGUUUCCCACGUGCGACAAAUCGAGACAUCAAAAAAUGCUCCUACAAUAUGGAUUCCUCCUAUGUGAUAUUCUCGGCGAUGGGCAGCUUCUUCCUGCCGAUGCUGGUAAUGCUGUACGUGUACGGCAGAAUUUCGUGCGUCAUAGCGAGCAGGCACAGAAAUCUGGAGAAGACCAAUGAGGGGGAAAACGUCCGAUCACGUCGUAAAAUCACGAUUGAUCGUGGUAGAAGUAUCAAGGCGCAACGUUCGAAUUAUGCUGAGAGCGGAAUAACGUGCGACAAGCCAUCCGAGGAUACCGAGCUAACAAAUAUGUGCAAAAAGUUGGGCACAAUUCGGGGUAAUCAGCAAAGCUGCAUCAACAGGGUCGCCAGGGAGACGAAAACUGCAGGCACCCUCGCGGUGGUUGUAGGUGGUUUCAUCGCAUGCUGGUUGCCGUUUUUCAUUCUGUAUCUGGUAACACCCUUCGUGCCCGUGCAGCCGCCCGAUGUUCUCAUGCCAGCCUUGACAUGGCUAGGAUGGAUUAAUUCGGCCAUCAACCCAUUCAUUUACGCUUUCUAUUCAGCAGACUUCAGACUCGCUUUCUGGCGACUAACAUGUAGGAAAUGUUCAAAGAGUAGACUGAACUUAGAUGGCACAAAUCGGAAAUUACCAGCCUCGGUUAACUGGAAGAAAGAUACAUCGAGGACGUGAAGUUCUCUGCCCACAGUUUUGAACUUAUGCAAUUAUGUGGCGUCCGGUAUAGAAUGAUUGUGGUUGACUCGGGUUUAUUUGCAAUAGCAAUCUAUUAGCAAAGAAUGAUGUGUGUGAGAACUACGUAUGUUCCUAGUAUAAAUUUAUAACUAAUCGAUAUAUGUAGUUCUUAUGCGAUUUUAUAAAACAUAAAAGAUUCACUAUGCAUAUGUAUACGCACAAUCAUUUUGGAUACGCGUAGCUUUCAAGAUUUACAUCAACAGUCAUAAUCUCUUUGUGCAAUAUAAUUGAAUAUUAUUCUUUUAUUGAAUGUUUAUCAGUUUUGCAAUUAUGUUUCAUUAAAUUAAAUUUUUAAAAAAUGUUUUACAAUUGUUUAAUAGUUUUUUUAAAGUAAACUUUAGGAGAUAAAUUUAAUGUAUAUUCUUUUAUGCUUUUUUUUACAUGUGUAUAAUGCAGUGUGUCAAGGCAACAUUAAAAACAUUGAAUCAGUAUGAAAAUCUUGGCUCUUUUUAAUGUUUUUUCUUAAAGUGUGUCUAUACUGACAAAUAUUAUGGCAAAUUAAAUAUUGGAAAAAUGACGUCAAAGUUGUCUAUAACAAAAAAAUUGAUGCCAUUUGUAAUGCAAUUUUAUGUUAGCAAAAAUGAGUCUGACAACAAAAAUAUUUGAAAAAAUGACGAAUGCAGUAAAAUGCAUAUGUAAUAAAUUUUGAAAAUUUUUAAUUUUUGUUUACAGCAUUUACAACUUUGUUCCCUUCAAAAAUGUGUACAUUAUAAUAGCACGCAAAUAUUCUCUUUUUAAACUCAUUUUUACGGAUAUAAAGUAGCACAAUAAAUAACUUAAAUAAUACUAAUUUUUUUGUCAUAUACAGCUUUUGACGUUAUCUUUAUAACAAUGCAUACAGAGUGUCUUAUAACUUUUAAUUAAUUAAUAUUUUGAGAAAUGAAAGAGGAUGGAAUAUGGAAAAGUUUUUUUUCCAAUUUUAGCUCAGACCAUUUACCGAGUUAUUAACGAUUAAAGUUGAUCAAUCAGAUUGCGCCUGUAAUACGCAGAAGCAUAACAUGUCAUGGGGCUUCUCGCGUUUACAUUACAUUUUUCCAAUUAAAAUUUUAUUCUAAUUCUUUGUAUUAAUAAGUAAAUCAAUAAAUCAAUAAAUAAGUAAAUAAAUAAAUAAACAUAUAAAUAAAUAAGAAUAAAUUACAGUUAGAAAUUAUUUAUUUAUUUAUUUAUUAAUAUAAAAAAUUAGAAUAAAAUUUUAAUCGAGAAAAUGUACAGCAACCGCGACCAUCCUCAUGCUAUGCUACAUUUCUGCGUAGUCCGGAUAGGCGCAAUCUGAUUGAUUAACUUUAAUCGUUAAUAACUCGAUAAAUAAUGAUGGUAUGAGUUAAAAUUGCGAAAGGAACUUUUAGUUUAAAAUUCCAUUCUCUUUCACUCCCUGAAAUAUUAAUUAAGAAUUACGGAACACUGUAAAUUUGCUUAAUAUCUGCUAGCGUUGACGUACUAUAAAAAAAGUAAUAUCAUCUUUUCAAAAAGAGUCAAGAUUUUUGUAUUCACCUAAUGUUUUAAUAUUAUGUGCAAUGGAUUGAAUAUUUAUAUUUAUAUAAAAAAGUGUAAGUAAGCUUGAAUGAAGAAACACACUCGAAGUAUGUAGCGAAUUCUUCUGGUAAAACAUAUGACAAUUCAGAAAUAAAAAUAUAAAAUAUUUAUAAGUAAUUUAUGAAUAUUAAUAUUACGUAAUUAAUGCUUAAUCUCUCGUAGAAAACAAUGUACGACUGACACUUAAUCUGUGAUCAAUAUUAAAUCUCAUCGUUAACGCAUUUAUUCGUGAUAUUUGUAUACGAAGAAUAAACGAUUAAAGAUAUCUUUCCUUAAUUAUCAUAUUAUUGCAUUCGUUCUAUUUUUCUUUAAACAUUAUGCAAAUAACGCCAAUAUAAAACUUCAAGCACAUGUACUGUAUAUCUUUGAACUUACGUCUUCGAGAAAAACAUGCUACAUGCAUCGAAUGCUUUAUACUAAUACUUUGGCAUCGUUAAUAUGUGAUACUACCUUAAUAUACUAAUUUAUUUAUAAUUAUUUAUAGACAGUGAAGUAAUAGCAAAACGUAAUACAUACUUAGUCAUGUGGAUUUAUAAAUGUGAAUAGAAAUUUAUAAAUAGAUUUUAAAAGAUAUUUAAUUAUAUUUUAAGAAUAUUAGAUAAGAAAUCAUAAAAAUCCAUAAUUUAUUAACAUAUACAUAAUACUAUUAUAUUUAAAUAGAUAUUUGAAUUUUAAAUAGAGUUAAUUGAGAUGGUAAAUACUGCUGCAUAAAUUUCAUACAUUAUAUAACUUUAUCGAUCGCUGAAGACUGUGUAGAUAUUGUAUGUGACAGACUAUGCCGAAAAAUAGAAUAGAAUUAGUGAAACGUUUGUUUUCAAUCGGUUAUUUAUAUGUAUAAACAUCGUAUAUAAUAAUAUAUAAUAUAUAUAUGUAUAUAAUUUUAAAUUAUUAAUGUAUCUUACUAAAAAUUUUUGUUGCACAUACGUACAUACAUAGAACAAGUUUUAAUAGAUGUAUAUACAUAUAUAAGAUCUGUUUUUUACAUAUAUAAGUCUUUAUGAAUCGCUAUUAAGUAUGUAUUAUUAAUUCUAGUCAACAACGAUUUUGCUUUAUGUAAACUAGAGAAGGAAAGUAUAUAAAUAAGCUGAAAUUAAG